AUGGCCUAUCAACUUGACUACCCUGCCAGCAACCUGACCUGGCAGGUGCUGAAUCAUGCCAACCUGCACAAUUAUGCCGUUGGAGCGUAUAAUUGUUACAAUACCGAUGGCGUAAUGGCGGUCAUUCGCGCGGCAGAGCAGCAGCGCUCGGCAGCGAUAAUCCAGCUGUUCCCCUGGACAAUGAAUUUCCAGGGUGCGGAGUUCAUUCGCUAUGUCGUCAAUGCUGCACAUGCUGCGACAAUCCCGAUAGCAGUCCACUUGGACCACUGCAUAAAGCCCGAGGACGUUGAGCGGGCCUUGGAACUUCCCUUUGAUUCGAUUAUGGUGGAUGCAUCUACGGAAGAUGAAAGAGAGAAUAUUCGCCGCGUGAAGGCUGUUGUGGAACGAGCGAGAUCUCUCGGCAUCACAAUUGAAGCCGAGAUGGGGCGCAUCGAGGGUGGGGAGGAUGGUCUGCCCUCGGUGGAUAUGGAGUCUGUCAUGACCCGCCCCGAAGAAGCUGAGACUUUUAUCCGCGAGACAGGCAUUCAUUUCCUGGCUCCCUCUUUUGGAAAUAUCCAUGGCGGGUAUCCGGCUGGUGGUGCAGAGAAGGCUUGGGACCUACCUCGUCUCGAAGCUAUCGGCAAAUUGGUCUCCGAUACAACCCCGCUGGCACUUCAUGGAACUCAUCCUGUUUCCGAUGAGUUGUUCCAGAAGACUAUUCCACUCGGCGUGCGAAAGAUUAACCUCAACCGUACCGUCCGAGAUGAUUAUACCAAUUUCAUUGCCGAAAACGCCGGCUCCUUGGAGCUGACAGUUCUUUCAAUGCAAGGCGUGGGUGUUUACACUAAAUCGGUUGAGAGGAUGAUGAAAAUUCUGGGAUCAUCCGGACGUUACUAG